AUGGGCGAAGAAAUCUUCCCAGCUGAAGACAAUAGUAGUGUCGGUGAUGUCGUCCCCGACACACUAACGACUGCGAAGGCCUCUAAUUAUCGUCUACCUCGCUUCAAUUCGCGUCGCGUGGGUUCCAGUGAUCAAGACCCGCUACCGCGCACCAAAAGCAUGUAUCCGGACCCCCAGGAGCUCACCAAGGACGACUUGACAAGUGCUGAUACGCUGAUGGCCGACGGAGUGUUCACCAUGAACUCGACGCUGUCUUCAGUCAUCGAGAAGGCUUUAGGCCACCCAAUUCCUGGCUUGGAAGUACGCUUCCACAACCUUGAAUUGUCAGCCCUGGUGCCGCAAUUCAAGAGCGGAGGUCUGGAAGUUCCGACACUUUGGACGCAAGUGCAACAAGGCGUAACCAGUCUUUGUGCACCGAAGGAGAACAAUCUUACGGUGGAAAAGAAGAUCUUACGAGGUAUCAGUGGCGUGUUCAAGCCUGGUCGCAUCACACUCAUUCUGGGGUUGGAGCCUUGGGUGGUUGAAGCACUUGAAAACUGCACACCGGAGCAACGUGAGCACGCUCUAGAAGUCAUGACAGCUCACCACGAGUUCGCUCCGGACAUCACAGUCAAGAAACUGGGUCUGGACAACUGUAAAGACACUGUCGUGGGUAACGCCAUGCUCCGUGGUGUGUCUGGAGGCGAGCGUAAGCGCGUUACCACUGGCGAAAUGACUGUGGCCUGGAAGAGACUGCAGCUUCUGGACGAGAUCAGUACAGGUCUCGACAGUGCAGCUACUUACGACAUCUGCAAGUCGAUGAAAAGUGCAGCUCGCAACUUCAAUUCCACCGUCGUGAUCUCGCUACUUCAGCCGUCUCCCGAGGUCUUUGAGCUCUUCGACGACGUGUUGCUGCUGAACGAAGGCAGCAUCAUGUUCCAUGGCAAGCGAGAGGACGCUGUGCCGUACUUUGAGCGCAUGGGUUUCCACUGUCCACCGCGUAAAGAUGUGGCCGACUUCUUGUUGGAUCUUGGCACGAACAAACAAGACGUUUACGUUACUGAAGAUACCAGAAGCGUUCCUUACCAUGCCGCCGACUUCGCCAAAGUCUUCAUGGACUCGGAUAUUUUCCAGAAGACCCUGAAGCGGCUUGACGCGAGUGCAGACGCCAUGGUAUUCGCCGAUCUCAAGCCGUUCCAUCAAACGUACACGGAAGAGCUGGUCACGCUAUUGCAGCGCCAAGCGAUGCUAACGCUGCGUGACACCACGUACCUCAUGGGACGCGCCGUUAUGGUUAUCGUCAUGGGCCUCCUGUACGGUUCGACGUUCUGGCAGAUGAAUGACACGGACAGCCAGUUGAUGCUGGGUCUGCUCUUCUCGUGCGCCAUGUUCCUGUCCAUGAGUCAGGCGUCACAAGUAGCGACCUACAUGGACGCUCGCAGCGUUUUCUACAAGCAUCGCGGCGUCAAUUUCUUCCCCCCCAAGUACGACGUCUGCGUCUACAAAGGCACCGACUACUGUGCAGAAUACAGCCAAACGGUGGGCAAAUACACCUUAAGCGUCUUCAAUCUGCAGACCGAGUCAGCGUGGAUCUGGUACGGAUGGAUCUUCCUGGUGGCUGGGUACUUUAUCUCCGUCUUCUGCUCGUACCUUGUGCUCGAGUAUAUGCGUUUCGAGAGCCCUGAGAACGUGGCUCUGGCCCAAAGUGAUGACGCGGACAACGAUCAAACUGCGUAUUCCAAGAUGCCAGCGACGCCGAAGGAAUACGAAAAUGUUGUCGAUAUCGUCGACAAUGGAGUCACCACACAAGCCUUCGCUAACAACAAUGUCGUUCCGGUCACGCUAGCGUUCCACGAUCUCUGGUACUCGGUGCCGCUCCCCGGUGGUGCUAAUGAUGAACAAAUUGACCUGCUUAAGGGCGUCUCUGGUUUCGCUCUACCCGGUACGAUGACGGCGCUUAUGGGAUCUUCUGGUGCUGGUAAGACGACGCUGAUGGAUGUCAUUGCUGGUCGCAAAACUGGCGGUAAGAUCCAGGGCAAGAUCCUGCUGAACGGCCACCCGGCCAACGACCUCGCCAUCCGCAGAUGUACCGGAUACUGUGAGCAAAUGGACAUACACUCCGACUCUGCUACUGUCCGUGAGGCGCUGAUCUUCUCGGCCAUGUUGCGUCAGGAUGCCAGUAUCUCGACCGAGCAAAAAAUGGAGUCUGUACAGGAAUGCAUUGACCUAUUGGAGCUCGGACCUAUCGCCGACAAGAUCAUCCGCGGGUCGUCCACGGAGCAGAUGAAGCGCGUGACGAUCGGAGUGGAGUUGACAGCCCAGCCUAGUAUCAUCUUCAUGGACGAACCGACGAGUGGCUUGGACGCGCGCUCGGCCAAGUUGAUCAUGAACGGGGUGCGCAAGAUCGCCGACUCGGGCCGCACCAUUGUGUGUACGAUCCACCAGCCCAGCACGGAAGUGUUCAAUUUCUUCGACUCGCUGCUACUGCUCCGUCGUGGUGGUCGUAUGGUGUUCUUUGGCGAGCUUGGCGAGGAGUCCAAGAACCUGAUCAACUACUUUGAGGCCUUCAACGACGUCAAGCCUAUCACUCCAGGAUACAACCCUGCUACAUGGAUGCUCGAGUGCAUCGGAGCUGGUGUUGGCGGUGGCAAGGCUGCUGCCAAUGCCGAUCCGUCGCAGCCAAAGGACUUCGCUGAACGCUUCAUGGUGAGCGACCAGAAGGAGUUAAUGGAGGAAGAUCUCGACCAGGAAGGCGUGCUGUAUCCGUCUCCGCACCUACCUGAGCUCAAGUUCGACACCAAGCGCGCGUCGAGCUCGGCCACUCAGUUCAAUCUGCUAUGUCGUCGCUUCUUCCGCAUGUACUGGCGCACACCAGCGUACAACCUCACGCGGUUAAUCAUCAGCUUGGUGCUGGCUUGUGUCUUUGCCAUCAUUUAUCAAGGUACAGACUACACCACGUACACAGGCGCCAACGCUGGGGUGGGUCUGGUCUUCGUCAGUACGCUCUUCCUGGGAAUCAUCGGCUUCAACAACGUCAUGCCCGUAGCUGCCGAGGAACGUACAGCUUUCUACCGCGAACCUGCGUCGGAGACGUACAACGCGUUGUGGUACUUUAUCGCCGGGACGUUGAUGGAAAUCCCCUACAUCUUCGUCGCGAGUCUGGUGUUCUGCGCCAUCUUCUUCCCCAGUGUCGGGUUCACGGGAUACAUGACGUUCGUCUACUACUGGCUCGUCAUCUCGCUGAAUACGCUCGUGUUCGUCUACUUAGGCCAGCUCAUGGUCUUCGCGCUACCCAGUGUCGCUGUCGCAGCGACAUUAGGGUCGCUCUUUAGCGGUAUUUUCUUGUUGUUCGCUGGCUAUAACCCUCCGGCGAGUAGCAUCCCAACCGGAUACAAAUGGGUUCACUACAUCUCGCCGCCCACGUACACGAUCGCUAUCUUGGUCGCGCUCGUUUUCGCCGACUGUCCCGUGGGAAGUACAGACGGUAUCAGCUGCCAGAAGCUCUCCAACUCGCCUCCUUCAGUUGGUAACGUGACGUUGAAAGAGUACGUUGAGGACAACUUCGACAUGAACCACGACAAUAUCUGGAGAAACGUCAUGAUCCUCCUCAUCUUGAUCGUGGCCUUCCGUGUGCUGGCCUUGUUCUCCCUGCGCUACAUCAACCACCUCAAACGUUAA